AUGAACGUGACCCAGCCUAUGCCAGUCGGCGAGCCGGAUUACAUCCCUAUCGCGGACCACGGUCUCAUCGGGAACCUGCGGACCGCUGCUCUCGUCAGCAUCGAUGGCUCCAUUGAGAGCUACUGUGUUCCAAACUUCGACUCUCCCUCCGUCUUCGCCCGCAUCCUGGAUAAGGACAAGGGCGGUCAUUGGUCGGUCACGCCCAUAACGCCAUUCACCACCAAGCAGAGCUACUUGCCGAACUCCAACAUUCUCCAAACCAAGUACCUCAACGAAGCCGGUGUUGCGACGGUCACCGACUUCCUCCCGCGCCAGCCGAGCAGCAGCACCACGCGCCCCCUGCUCGCCUGGCUCAUCCGCCGCGUCGAGGUCAUCCGCGGUUCUAUGCCGCUCCGCGUCGAGUGCGCGCCCGCGUUCAACUACGCGCGCUCCUCGCACACGACCGAGAUCUUCAUCGACCCCUCCGUCGCGUCCUCCUCGCCCACGUCUCCGCGCAGCGGGCACCAGAAGGCGCUUUUCUCCUCGCCCGAGGCCAAUCUGACGCUCGACCUGCGUUGGGUGGGCGAGAGCGCACUCGAGAAUGUCGACGUCCCGAUGCUCGAGCUCUCGCCCCUCGACCUCGACAGCAAGGGGCACAAGGGCAAGGGCGUGUACACCGAGGUCGUCCUCCGCGAGGGUCAGGCCGUGACGUUCGUCUUGCGCACCCCGCCGGAGGUGAAUCUGCCGCCCCAGGCGCAUCCGACGCACGAGUUCGCGCGGGAGAUCGGGGUCCCCUACGAGAAGCUUGUCGCUGGGGCGACUACAUUGCGCCCUCCUGAAGACCCCAUCCUCACCAAGAAACUCAUGCGCGAGCUGCUCGAUGAGACGAACCGGUACUGGAACGCGUGGAUUAGGCGGUCCACCUACAACGGCUCGUGGAAGGAAGCGGUCAAUCGGAGUGCUCUGGCGCUCAAGCUGCUCAUAUACGAGCCCACGGGUGCCGUCGUCGCGAGCCCAACGUUCAGCCUGCCUGAGUACAUUGGUGGUACGCGGAACUGGGCGUCGUGGAUCCGCGACUCCUCAUUCACUCUUUACGCCUUGAUCCGGCUCGGAUUUACUCAUGAGGCUACUGCAUACAUGGAGUUCAUUUUCGAGCGCAUCAGGAGGCGUGAUCCCGACGGUUCGCUGAAGAUCAUGUACACUAUACACGGGGAGAAAGACUUCCCGGAGGAAGAGCUCUCUCAUCUAGACGGCCACAAGGGUUCGAAGCCCGUGCGGAUUGGCAACGGCGCUAUAGACCAUGUACAGCUGGAUAUCUACGGAGAAUUAUUGGAUUGUGUGUACCUUUCGCAGAAGUAUGGUAGGCCCAUCGGUUACGAUACCUGGUCGGUCGUCUUUUCCAUCCUCACAACUCAAUCUGCUCAUUAUCUACUGCCCGAUAAAUGCAGGGAGGUCCGCAACCGCCAUAGGCACUUCACUGUAGGUUCUCUCGUUAUUCGGGUUGCGAUCGACCGCGGCAUCCGGCUCGCGGAAAAGCGCUCUCUGCCCUGCCCGCGCCGGAACGAGUGGUAUCUCGCGCGCGACAACCUGUACGAGGAGAUAUUGAAGAACGCGUGGAACCCGGAGAAGCAGUUCUUCUCCCAGAGCUACGAGGACAAGGAGAUCCUCGACUCCGCGCUGCUCAUCAUGCCCCUCGUCUUCUUCUCCACCCCGGCGGACCCGCGCUUCCUGAGCACGCUCAAGGCCAUCCUGCAGACCCCCGAGCGGGGCGGGCUGACGUCCAACGGGCUCGUGUACCGCUACGACGUCUCGAAGACGGACGACGGCGUCGGCGGCGAGGAGGGCACGUUCUGCUUGUGCACGCUCUGGGCCAUCGAGGCCCUCGCGCGCGCGAGUGAACACGACAAGUCCCUCCAGGGCAAGGCGGUCGCGAUGUUCGAGGACUUCCUGCAAUACACGAACCACCUCGGGCUUUGCACGGAGGAGAUCUCGGACGCGGGCGAAGCGCUCGGCAACGCGGUGCAAGGCUUUACGCACGUCACACUCAUCUCGGCGGCGUACAAUUUGUCUCGGAUGAUGACGAAGUAUAAGGUGUAG